AUGUGUCGUCAGUUCGAUCCGGUCAGUGGGACAAUAAGCAUGAACAAGCCGCAUGAUGAACCCGUGGUAUUUAGUGUCGAGAGCACAACAAAUUUAGUUCCUGUUAAAUCACGGGACUCUUAUUUCAGAAGAAAGAAAACAAGUAACAGGUCUGGAUUUAUACUGUUUGCUCUUUCAUUGCUGGUAAUUGGUUUGCUGGCGGGUCUGCUGGCAAUUGGAGUUCUUUAUUUGCAUGUCAAGCGCAGCCUUACGUUAUGUGAUUCCGAAGAAUGUAUUCGCACUGCGGCCAGUUUUAAAGAAUCUAUGGACACUACUAUAGACCCAUGCGAGGAUUUCUAUCAGUAUACUUGUGGGAGGUGGUCGGAAAAUCAUCCUACUUCUCAACCAGACAAGCUCAAUUCUUGGUUCCACGAGAGAAGUCAGAAGAUUAAAUGGAAAAUCAGAGACUUGUUGAGCAAUAAUUUUACCGGAAAAGUUCCCUGGGCUGUUAAACAAGCUAAAGUUUUGUAUAAUAGUUGCCUUGACAAUGUUGCGCUGGACACUCUGGGGCUAUCGCCGAUGCUAAGUUUACUAGAAGACUUGGGUUUACCUCGGGUACCUCCUGCCAUGGGCCACAAGUCUGAAGAUUUUGUGAAAGUAGCGGCAAGAGCGAGAAGAAUCCUGGGAGAAGAAAUAUUCAUUGGGUUUGAUGUGAUUCCUGACCCGCUGAACGGCAGUAGGAAAAUUAUUUUGCUCGAUGUACCAAGCUCGUCGAGUCCUUUGCCUCUAAAUGAGGUUAUAAAAAACCGACUGAAGAGUGUGAAUGCAGACAAAGCUAAGCGAAGUGAAGACUCUGGUUCGGCAGAACAAAGAAGUUCUAAUGAGAAGAGUUACGCGAUAGCUGUCAUCAAGGAGUUGAUGGCCAACGGCACCCAAGAUUCUUGUGAUGAAGAUAAAAUUUCUGAGGAAGUGGAUAUAGUUGUUAAGGAUGUUGUUGAUUCUAUUUUUGAGUUAGAUGAUUUAUUGAGAGUUAUGUAUGGAGUGGAAGAUAAUAGUACAUUAUCUGAAGAAGAUAUUAAAGAUGAAAAUUAUAUGUGGGUUGAUGAUCUUCAAGUUAUAACAGAUGAAUUUAUAAAAUCAGAGAAUAAAUCUUUGGAGCCUAAGAAGAUAUGGCGAGUGUAUUUGGAAGAAUUGUUCAAGGAUAUUGAUGAUUUGGACCUGGAUAAUAAGGACAAAAUUCUUGUACUGUUAGACGUCGAAGUGUCCUACGACCCGCCAUCCUUGCACUGCGCGGGAGUAGUCAAUGACAUGAUGGGCAUGGCAGUGUCAUGGCUGUUUGUCGAUCGAGGAUUCCACAACAUAACUGCUCCGAAUGUGAUCGAAAUGCUGGAGCACAUCAGAGCUGCCUUCCGUGAUAUCGUUAUGAGAUCUCGCUGGAUUGACAAUAAAACUCGUCUCGGAAUCUUGGAAAAGUCCAAUAGAAUGGCUUACGUAAUCGGGUACCCCGAGUGGCUCUUUCGGGAGCACGAUCUCAAUAAAUACUACGAGGGGAUAGAGCUGAAGAAAGAACAGUAUUUGAAAAAUAUCUUGUCCAUCACCCACGUGAUGACUGACACGGAGUUGAAGUCUCUUCAUGUGAAGAAUCACACCCACGAGCAUCUAUGGGAUUUGGAUCCAACUGAUGUUAAUGCAGUGUAUACAUUCAUGACCAAUCAUAUAACUCUACCUGCGGCUAUUUUACAAUUUCCUUUCUACAAACUCGGCUUGGAAGCGCUGAAUUACGGAGCCAUAGGAGCGAUUUUGGGGCAUGAGCUGACCCACGGUUUUGAUAACGAUGGGAGACAUUAUGACAGUCAAGGAAAUUUGAGGCAGUGGUGGAGCAAUGAGACUAUCGACCAAUACGUCGAUGGAGAGCUAACUCUGAACGAGAACAUCGCAGACAACGGAGGUCUCCACGAGGCAGUGCUAGCUUACAGAAGGUGGAAGGCGCAUCACGGACAAGAGCCUUACUUACCCGGUUUUACGUAUUUGUCCCACGAGCAAUUGCUAUUCCUCGGAUUUGCUCACCUAUGGUGUGAGGAUUACUCUCCAAAGUCCUUGAAAUGGAUGCUAAGAGACUCACAUUCUCCGGGCCACGUAAGACUCAAAGCCGUAUUGACAAAUUCCAAAGAGUUUAGCGAUGCUUGGAAGUGUCCCGUCGGUUCGCCAAUGAAUCCGCUUGAGAAAUGUCGGGUAUGGUGA